UAAUCGACGUUCCGCCCUUCCGUACUUACCGCUCGUAUCAAACGAAAUUUGUCAAAAGUAGAAAUCAGUAGUUCUCUUUCGUUUUCGUUUGACGAAUGUUGACAUAUUCUCGACAAUUGCAUGUCAUUUGUCUGCAAAAAUAUGUGAUCAACUGUUCAAAUUUGAUCGGCAACUUGCCACUCGACUUGAAUGAGUGAGAGUGCGGUAGUAGAAAAGUGUGAGUGUAUUGCAACUUGAAAGCAAUUUCUUGAUCGUGUAACGUCCGGGUUAAAUACAAAAAGUUAGAUAAAUAGUUGGCAAUGUAAGAAAAUUUCCAAUACAACUCUGCGAACCCUAGCAAUUCGUCAGCUGUUUCUAAAUCGUAUUAAAUUACGUUAAUUUUGCCGGUAAAUUUAUAUUCACUUAUUAGUCCACAUUUGUUUUUAUAAAAUAGAACUAAUUAAUCUAAACAUAAAAGGUAAUUUGAAUAAUUUCUGCAAAAACAUGGAAGUGAGAGCUGUAUACAAGGCUGAUAUAACGCCAGUGGUACUUGAUACCACAACUUCUUUUAGCCUGAAUGAAAACAUAAGCUGCAGCGAUAUAGACAUGACCAUGACAACGGAGGAGGUGUUGCCGGCAGUUAAAAGUACAAUAAUUUUCCAAGAAAAUACACGGGACUUAUCUGACAAGUUCACCGAUAUAUCAUUAGAUGAAAGUUGCGUUGAUACCGUUUUAAUCGAAGAGAAUAUUAUAGAAAGUGAUACAUUAAAGGAUAGAGCUGAAAAUAACAAGACUGAAUUGGCUGAAAAUAAAAAUGCGCCUGAGGUUAAUGAACUCUUUCAGAACGCAUUGUUGGAGUUAGGCCGCCGUUUGUGGAGCUCGUCAGCAGAACAACAACACUACACUAAAGGUUGUUUGUGGUCGCCAGAUGGUACAUGUAUACUAACACCGGUACAUUUAGAUGGCAUGCAUGUUAUUGAACUGCCGAGGGAUCUGUAUACAGUAUCUUCAACACAAACCGUGUUAGCGACGCGCGAGUUAAGUAAACUAGAAACUGCUGUACAUGUAAAGGAAGGUGGUACGGUUUAUGAUUGUGCCUGGUAUCCAUUUAUGAAUAGUAACGCACCUGAAACUUGUUGUUGGUUGGCGUCAAGACAACAUGAGCCUAUACAUAUGUGGGAUGCAUUCAAUGCGGAGCUACGUUGCACUUAUCGCGGGUACGAUAGUGUAGAUGAGGUGGAAUCGGCAAUUGCUGUAACAUUUUCUAAUGACGGCGAGAAAGUGUACGGUGGCUACAAGAAAUCCUUAAAAAUAUUUGAUACAAAUGUACCGGGUCGUGAUCUAAGCUCGAUUUCUGUAAAACAAGCCAUCUCAUGUUUUGCUCUUACUACAGACAAUGACAAGACAGUUACGACUGGUUCUUGGAAUGGAUAUAUAAACCACUUUGAUUUGCGUGCACCCAAAUUGGGUCCACUAUUUACGCUUGGCGGACAUACUGGUGGCAUAACUUGGUUACGUUAUGCUGUGUUGGCAAACAGUGAUAGUUGGUCACUGUUUAGUGGCGCACGUAAGGAUAAUAAAAUAUUAGAAUGGGAUAUGCGCAACUAUUCCAGUCCAGUAAGAGAGUUUACACGGAAUGUUGCAACAAAUCAACGCAUCUAUUUCGACGUGUGUCCUUACGAAGAGCGUUGGCUAGUGAGCGGCGACACAUCUGGAUUUUUACGCAUUUGGGAUUUGGAGAACAAUGUUGAAGAAAAACUACCGUUACAUGGAGAUUGCUGUAAUGGUGCUAAUUUUCAUCCAUCCUUACCCAUAUUGGCGACUACUUCAGGACAGCAUCACUUUGUGGAUAUCACUGAAGAUGAAAUUGCAGCACAACUUAUGAAUACAGAUUUAAAUGAAGAAAAUAUAACUAUAGAUUAUGAAAAUGCGCUAAUGCUAUGGUGGAUUGGUCAGAAUCAUGUUAGUGAUGAUGCGUCGGAUUUAGUUUAAACAUUAUUGCAUUAUUCGUAUGUAGCUAUGUAUGUAUAUAUAGAUACAUAUGUAAAGUUCUAUUUUAUAAAUAUUAGUUUUGCUAUAAAGGUUAUAGUUAUUAAGUAUUUAAUUUAUAUUUAAAUUUAAUGAAUUGAAUAUCAAUCAGAAUGUAAAUAUUUAUAUGAAAAUAAUAUACUAUAAAGAUUAGAAAUGCAAUUUAGGUAAUAAAAAUGCUGAAUACUUUA